AUGGCGGAGUAUUUAGCUUCCAUCUUUGGCACAGAAAAGGACAAAGUAAAUUGCUCGUUCUAUUUUAAAAUUGGUGCCUGUCGCCACGGAGAAAGAUGCUCAAGACUUCAUAAUAAACCUACGUUUAGUCAGACAAUUGUUAUGCAAAAUAUCUUUCAAAAUCCACAACAUACCGUUCAGUUAGCGGAUGGCUCGUACAAGUCGAAUAUGUCAGAUGAAGAUGCUCAAAAGCAUUUCGAUCAUUAUUAUGAGGAUAUUUUCGUCGAACUGGAAGAAAAGUAUGGAGAAAUCGAAGAAAUGAACGUCUGUGACAAUCUUGGAGACCAUCUUGUUGGAAAUGUAUACGUUAAGUUUCGAUCUGAAGAACAUGCGAGCGCAGCUGUCAAUAGUUUGAACAAUCGAUGGUUCAAUGGUAAUCCUAUCUUUGCUGAGCUAUCACCAGUAACGGAUUUCAGGGAAGCCUGUUGUAGACAAUAUGAGAUGGGGGAAUGUACUCGUGGGGGAUUCUGUAAUUUUAUGCAUUUAAAGCCGAUAUCGCGUAGUUUAAGGUAA